AUGACGCAGAAGAGGUGGAUUGAUGACUUGGAUUCGAACCUUGGGGCAAGCAGUCAUCAAAAGUUUGAGGCGCCGGCACACAUGUCUACCUCAAUGUCGAACCAGGGAUCCUCUGUUGGCCUCAGGAAGCUCACUGUAGUCAUCCAAGACCGACAACAUGGUCUCCCUUUAUCAGCACAAAAUCUGAAGGAAUCGAAAGGACAGGCACUACACUCUCAGACAGAAAUUGAAGCCGAGCAACAGCUGGACCAAUACUAUUCCCCUUAUACAGAGGUCCUUGCGGUUGUCAGAUCCACCGAUGACCCGACAAUUCCAGUCAACACCUUCCGAGUAUGGUUUCUCGGAAGCGUUUUGUCUAUCCUUGGAACUGGUAUCAAUGAAUUCUUCGGUAGUCGCUAUCCUGGCAUUUUCAUCACGACUUCUGUUGCUCAGCUCCUUAGUUUCCCGUGUGGGGUAGCAAUGGCCCGUUAUCUCCCUAGACGCCGCUUUGCCCUUGGUCGCUGGUCCAUGACUUUAAACCCUGGUCCCUUUAAUCAGAAAGAGCAUAUUCUUAUUUCUGUCAUGGCCAACGUGGCUUUCGGCAACGGUACUGCAUAUGCCACGUCCAUCUUCGUUAUGCUCAAGCUAGAUAUGUUCUUUGGCGAGAGAAUCUUGUCGAAUUCUAUCGGAUUCCGCAUUAUGCUCACGCUUUCUACUCAACUAUUGGGAUAUGCCUGCGCAGGCAUUGCGCGGCGUUUUCUGGUCUACCCACCCGCCAUGAUCUGGCCUAAUAGCCUUGCCCAAAUUGCCUUGAAUAGAGCUCUCCACAAUGACAAUGGAACUCUACAGGUUCAAGGUUGGAGAAUAGGCAGGCGGAAGUUCUUUGCGUACUGUUUUACUGGCAUGCUCAUCUAUUUCUGGCUACCCAACUACUUAUUUCAGGCUUUAUCCUUUUUCAACUGGACAACCUGGAUUGCCCCCGAUAAUGUUAUAUUGGCAAUCAUUACUGGAAGUCUCUGUGGUCUUGGGCUGAACCCAUGGCCAACAUUCGACUGGAACGUUGUCUCCUCAAUCAUGGACCCAAUCAUGACACCAUUCAUCAGCACCGCCAAUGCGACCUUCGGCUUAUGUAUCUCUGCAUUUUUCAUCGCCCCCCUUCUCUAUUGGAACAACGCGCUCAACACUGCUUACCUUCCAGUCAGUUCAUACUACACAUUUGACAAUAUCGGGGCUAUUUUCAAUGUUUCAAGAGUUCUCAAUUCCGAUUACACGCUAAAUAUGGCAGAAUACGAUACAUACAGCGCUCCGUACCUAAGUGCCGGGUAUGUAAUCUUCCUUACAGCGAGCUUCGCGGCUAUCCCAGCGACAAUCAGCUACGUCUUACUCCAUCACUGGACAGAGCUUAAAACCGGGAUGUCGGCCUGGAUUAAACGGCAGCAUCCCCGCGAGGCUCACAAGGAUGUUCACAAUAAUCUUAUGAAGAGCUAUCCAGAAGUACCAGAGUGGUGGUUUGGCGUUAUCUUGUUAAUCUCCUUCGUACUAGGCUGCCUCGCGUGUUCAUUGUAUCCCACCGGAUUCCCAAUAUGGGCACUUAUCUUUGUCAUUGCCUUCUGCAUUGUUUUACAAAUCCCUCUUGGAAUUAUCUACGCUGUCACCAACAUCCAGCUAUAUACAAACGUUCUCACAGAGUUUAUUGCGGGCUACGCUUUGCCCGACAGACCAAUUGCCAACAUGAUUUUCAAAGCCUUCGGCACCAAUGUUUGCUCGCAAUCACUUUCAUUUUCUCUAGAUCUAAAGCUAGGACACUAUCUCAAAGUUCCCCCGCGGACCAUGUUCGCAGCUCAAGUCUAUGCUACCACCUUGGCUGCUUUUGUCGCAAUCGGGGUCAACUCCUGGCAGAUGGGCAACAUCAAGGAUCUUUGUCAACCGACCCAGGAAGAUAACUUCACCUGUCCGUGGGCGAACAUCUUCUUCUCUUCAGCUGUUAUAUGGGGGGUCGUUGGCCCCAAGCGUUUGUUUGGCCCUGGUGGAACUUACAAUAAUCUUCAAUGGGCAUUUCUUGUUGGCGCUAUUCUUCCACUUCCGUCCUGGUUCAUAACUCGCAGAUAUCCGAAGUCUUUCGUACGCUUCAUACACAUCCCGGUGAUACUCUUCGGCUGCAUGGCUCUGGUGCCUUACAACUUUUCCUUCAUCUGGCCUGCCUUUAUUUUCGGCUUUAUUUUCAACUUUUAUAUUAAACGGCGACACCUGGCCUGGUGGCAAAAGUAUGCCUAUGUGCUUACUACCUCCUUCAGAGGCGCUAUCGCAAUAGCAGCUAUUAUCAUCUUUCUUACUGUACAGCUUCGAGAGGCACCAGUUAAGUGGUGGGGAAACGAUGUCUCGUUCGCUGGAGUCGAUGGAGGUGGUGAAGACGCCCCACGUUGCGUGCUCAGAACUUUGACUGGUGAUGAAAGGAUGGCCGGCAGCUAG